GUAAAGUUAUAAACUUUCCAUUUGUGGGCUUCGGAACAACUUUUUUGGGGAGUUGUUGAGGGCUUCAAUAGGUGACCCCUUCUAGUGGACCUUUUUAUAAUAACUUAUCUCAACGAUCUCUUUUCUAAAUAUGUUGUUGAUGAAACUCGCUAUUACUCGUUCAUGAAACUCGCUAUUAGUUGCUGCAAACGGGAUUUGAUAUUUUUUCGGAGAAAUUUCUUGUCUAAGUUCGAAAGCACAUAUCUUCCAGGGAUACUUUUGUGUCAGAAGGCUAAAAACUUCGAAUCAGAGGAAUCACAGAGGAGAAGAUUCAAUCAAGAGUAUUUUUCUGGUCUAGGGCAACUAUUGCAUGAUGUUUAUGCGAUUCUACUUCCAAGACCAAAUGAUUAUAAAAACCGGGAUCAUCUCAUAGGAUUUCUUGAUGCAUUAGCGAAGGAGAAGAUUCCUAGUAGUGGUUAUGGCAGUCAUAUUGCCAAUGUUGAGGCCUUGGGUUCUUAUGUUAUGAAUAUGUUUACUUUGAGCAGUGACCUUGAUCUAUCUAUUAAUUUUGGCUCCAGUGGAGUUGAGUUUCCUAGGGAGCAAAAGAUUGCAAUACUUCGAAAAUUUUCAAAGGCAUUAUAUGCUCUUCAGUGUAGAGGAUUGGUUUCAGGUGUCAGUCCAGUCUUGAGAGCUAGAGUUCCGGUUCUAAAGUUUAAGGAUUGCAGAACUGGAAUUGAAUGUGAUAUUUCCAUUGAGAAUGUAGAUGGUAUUACGAGAUCAGGAAUUUUGCGGCAAAUUUCUUCCAUUGAUGAACGGUUUCGAGAAUUGUGCUUUCUGAUGAAAGCAUGGGCAAGGGCACAUGAAAUAAACAGUUCCAGGAAUCAAACUCUGAACUCUUUGUCACUAAUUGUAUUAACUGCUUUCCAUUUACAGACACGAGUGCCUCCAAUUUUUCCUCCCUUUUCUGUCCUUUUCAGAGAUGGCAUUGAUUAUUUUAGGUCUGCAAAUGUAGCUCAGGGUUUCCGGCAUUUUGGGGCUCAGAAUGAAGAAUCUGUCUCACAGCUCUUUGUAUCCCUACUAAUCCAGCUAUUGUCAGUUGAAACUCUUUGGGAGAAGGGACUUUGUGCAAGCACUUACGAGGGAACCUGGAUUUCUAAAACAUGGGAUUCUGAGUCAUACAAUAUGAGUGUGGAGGAUUUUCUGGACCGAUCCCAAAAUUUGGCAAGAUCAGUUGGUAAGCCUGAGAUGGGGAAGAUCUACGAAUGCAUCAGGCGCUCUCUCAAUCACCUGGCGGCUUUCAUGAAGGGAAAAAUACAAGCUAACAAAUUGAAGUCCCUCUUAUUUGGAACUGAUAUGUUUCCCACUUUGGAGAAAGAAUUUAACAAAGAUUCUUUGGUGAGAGCCAAGAGAGGCUGGGAAUUCGAUAAUGGUGAUGCCCCAUUGAAGAAGGCACGGCACUCUACAGACAUGGUAGAAGUUGGUGGUUUUCCAUUUUUAAGGCCUAAUCAUCAUAAUCCAUGGGUUCCCAAUAUGCAAAACCCCAUCAUUCCUCCAAAUUUGAGCCAUGGAAUUUUACCGAGCGCAGUUCCAUCAAUGCUUCCUAUGCCUUUGCACCAUGGCAUGGCACCUAACACAGUUCCACCAAGGCCUCCUAUGCCUUUGCACCAUGGCAUGGCACCUAACACAGUUCCACCAAGGCCUCCUAUGCCUUUGCAUGGCAUGGCACCUAACACAGUUCCACCAAGGCCUCCUAUGCCUUUGCACCAUGGCAUGGCACCUAACACAGUUCCACCAAUGCCUCAUAUGCCUCUGAACCAUGGCAUGGCACCUAACACAGUUUCACCGAUGCCAUCUAUGCCUUUGCACCAUGGCGUGGCACCUAACACAGUUCCACCAAUGCCUCCUAUGCCUUUGCACCAUGGCAUGGCACCUAACACAGUUCCACCGAUGCCUCCUAUGCCUUUGCACCAUGGCAUGGCACCUAACACAGUUCCACCAAUGCCGUUGCACCAUGGCAUGGCACCAAGCCCGGCUCCUCCGAUGUUUUCUAUGCCUCAAACUUUUGCAGUAAGCUUAAUUCUAGCUUUACAGCAUCUACUCCAAGGUCCCCCAUUUCCAUUUGACCAUAGAUAGGGAUUGAUGAUAAGUACUUUUACUGAAAUUUCUUUGGUAUCAAUUUUAUUGCUAACCUUUUAUUUUUUGCAUUAAUUGCAAUUUUAUGAGCUCAUAAUACUGGUCCAAAGAGAGAAAAAGUAAUGGCCAUAAGAUUUAUUGCGUCAAACAACGAAGUUGUUUUUGGCAACUUUGUACCAGUUUUCCAGGCUGCUCUGGUUUUGCAAAUUUGCAGUGGCAUAGUACUAUAAUGUUCAUAUU